CCUUUGCAUAACCUCAAAUUCACUCGAUAUUAUUUGACAGCUUCGAUGGACAACUGAAUGUUUUUGUUCUUUUAGUUCUCCAUGGGGGUGGCACAGAAUAAUUGUUGAUAUGGAUGGACAACAUCUGAAUUUAUGCCUCGCAAAAGAGGAUAAUAAGACUUUACUGACACAGUUUAUACAUUCCUGCAUCAGUGAAAUUUGUUGCUCCUCAGGACCUACAUAUUCUCAAUUCUUCAAUAUUGGCUGGACGGAGGAUGAAUAUAAUUAUAUUCAUAAAAUACUCUUAGUAUUGUUCAAUAAUCCAGCGGUUCUCCACCUCGACGACACAAAAAUGCCUGCAGAGUUCUUCCACGUACCUGAAAACGUUCAGGUUAUCAUCCUGGACUGCCUGAAGAUUCGAAGAGAUCAAUUACUGAAGGCUUUGGCAUUCAACCAUUCCCAGAAACAGACUGCCACGAUGAUAGACUUCGACUGGAGAUUAAAGCUGGUAAUGGGAUCGAGUAAAAUGUCUUCGUUGAAGGAGCCUCUCCUCCAGCUAGAUCUCAGGGUGAAAGAGAAAGAUCAGGAGGAAAUUUUGGACAUCGAGAUGAACCGAGAGGAACUAGAUGGCUUUAUCAAAACACUGGAGGCUGCCAAUGUAUGAUAUUAAUUAAUGCGAACUAAUUAUUUUCCCUAGAUGAAUAAAAAAACCAUGAGGAUAGAGGAAGUGAAUGAGUGAUGGUCUCAAAUCGCCACGAUUUUCGGGAAAUAAAUAUAAACCACCAUUAUACAC